GUUCCUGUUCUUUUGGCGGAUCUUUGGGAGGUUCUUGUUCUUUUGGCGGAUCUUUGGGAGGUUCCUGUUCUUUUGGCGGAUCUUUGGGAGGUUCUUGUUCUUUUGGCGGAUCUUUGGGAGGUUCCUGUUCUUUUGGCGGAUCUUUGGGAGGUUCUUGUUCUUUUGGCGGAUCUUUGGGAGGUUCGGGAUCUUGUCGUUUUCGAAAAAUGCUGA